AGCAAUCGCGUCAGUUGGUGCUCAGCUGCCGUGGUGUGUGCAACGUACAGGCGUCUCUCGCGGGAUCGAUAUCACGUAUAAACGAAGGAAGGAGUUGACGCGCUCGCGUCCUUUUAACGUCGGGAACCAUACGGAAGCGUCAAAUCGUCCUGAACUCCGAGUUGCGAGGACGUCGCUGACACCCUCGUGCUACGCGUGCCAUCCUCUCGCAAAGCGUCCCCCUCUCCCCCGACGUGCAAAUAAAAACAGACACGCGAGCAUUUAAGGAUGCACGGUAUCCAAGCAACGUGAUUUCUCUCGGAUGCAACGCAGAUUUAUCCGAAGAAGAUGCGCAUCUAGGCAGAACGCCUCUCACGUUUGGUCGGAAAAGCCGUGACUGCCGAGCCAUCGACACGCGUUAAUUUCGCAAUCAGACGUAUCGUGAACGUCGCCGGCGGGCAGGAGGAGCACGCAGUGACGGAAGGAAAGGAGAUGACACGCGGGGUCGCGCAUCAGAACGAAGCCGCGAUCUUUUCGCGCGCGCGCAAGUAACAAUCGUCGAGGAGAGGUACGGCCUUGGAGGCGGCGAAUGACAGCUUCUGGCCGAUCGACAGUCGCUUACGUAGCAGCGGCCGCUUAGCUCGACGAUUCAUUCGAGUUUCGCAAUCUCCCGCGAUCCCCAACAUCGACCGCGAUCUCUUUUAUCCGGCCGCAGUAGGAAGAGGCCAAUCUUCCUCGUAGCACCUCGUUUCUUCGAACGAAACACAAAGCGCGACGGAAGUGGCGGCACGAUGUAGCGCGGUGAUCUCGGCCGAGAGGUGUUGGAUUUUCUUGCCUGAAUUCGAAAUCAAUGCGAAAAUUCGAGGAGCUAUCCGCGAGUGAGACGAGCUCGAGGAUGAAGACGAUGGGCGAUGUCGUCGCGGAUUCCAUCGACGAGAACGAUGGCACUGUGCAGCACGCCAGCGCGAGCAAGGAGUUCGGUCAGAGGACCCUGAGGUCCCUGAAGAGAGGAUUGGGGAAGCUCUGGAGGAGGCACCGAGGCAACGCAUCGAUUACCGAAUACGAUCCCUCCUACAAAGUCGCGUAUCUCGGAAACGUGCUGACCGGAUGGGCCAAGGGUGAAGGCUGCGUCGAGAAGCCCGUGUCGACCCUGUGGCGGAACUACGUAACCAGCAGCAGGCCCGACGUCUCCAUGAGGUUGACAGUGACGAACGGCGGCUUGACCGCGACCACCAAGGACCACGGCCUGACCGAGUAUUGGGCCCACCGUGUGACUUAUUGCACGGCCCCGGCCUCUCAUCCGCGGCUCUUCGUCUGGGUGUAUCGACACGAGGGCCGCAGGCUGAGGCCCGAAUUGAGGUGUCACGCGGCCCUGUGCAGCAAGGAGUCUACCGCAAGAAGGCUCGCCUCGAUCUUGAAUACCAGGCUGCAGCAGGCGCUCAUGGAAUUCCGCCGGGACAAGGUCUCCAGGCAAAACGCCAGAUUAUCUCUGGCGAACGCGUUGUACGACAAUCCGUCGUUGCCGCGUAGAAAGCUGCUUCUAAGCACCGGCGGCCAGAACUAUCGGCCGCCCUUGGAGAGGUCGAAGAGCGCUCCUAAGCUGUCGGCGAUCGAGGAGGACACGGUCGCCGAGGAGAUGGAGCAAAAGAGGCUGCUGGAGGAACUGCGUUCCUUUGAAAACGUGGCACGUAGCUGGGAAGACCAGGACGGUUGGACGAUAGCCAGACUGCUGGACGCCCUGAAUCGCGAAUCCGACGAAAACGGUAGCAUCUCCAGCGGAUGCGAAACCGCCAGUACUGCGACCAGCGAGGAGAGAACCACCGGACCGGAGGAGCAUCUCGCGCAGAAUCAAAAUGAUCAGCGUGGGUCGAUUAAAAGGGUUAUCUUCUCGGACGAACGAGUCGGCAGGGGGCCAGGUCCACGACGAAACUCUGAAGGUUCACCGCACUUCAUGACGUGCACCGGCAGUCCCCGUUUUAAUCCUAUUAAUUCCGUGAAGAGGUUUCCUUUAAGCGAAGAGGAAGAAUCGAUGGAAGAGGAAGAAGAGGAAAUGGAAGACACUGCUUCAAACAUGUUCAACUUCGAAGAUGUCGAGGAUCUCGACGACGUGAUAGAUUACCGGCCGAGGGGAGAGGUGAUGAACAGGAUUGAAGAUCCACAGAAAAGGGAAAGGCGAGCGAACGAGAAGUAUCCUGGCAGAAUAAGUCAUGAAUUUCUGCAAAACGAGGAGACUUCAUUCCUAACUCUGGAUUCUCUCGAUGAGGAGGCCGACAGCGAUGAGAGUGGUUACGUGGAGGCACCACCAAAGUCUUUACUGGGUCAAGACGACAAGAAGGAAGACGAAGAAGAAAGCGAACAUCCGCGAUUAGAGUCAUUUACGAAUAAAAGAGAAGACAAGUCGGAAUCAAUGUGUAGGACUGACGGAAGUGAGAGUCAGAGGACGAAACAUGAAGAUUCUAAAAUAGACAAGCAAGAGGAGAAAAAAACAGAGAAGAAAGAUUCUUUAUUGGUAAUCAGCGAUAAUCGAAAAAUGAAGGAGAGAGAAAGGGAGAGAGUGGACUUUAAGUAUCCUAUUUCAGAUACUAUCAGGAAGUUAGCUAGCGCGUCACUAAGGAGUUCCAAAUCUUUCGAGAUGACGAGCAACAGUUGCAUGAACGUCCUAAAUAAUUUCAAAACUUCCAAGUCAUUCGACAGCGUGAAGAACGACGAGAUUACCGUGGAUUCGCCAAGUCUUCACCAAAGGAAGCAAUUGUUGGCACAACGCGGUGUCAUGGUUUAAAAGUCCCUUUCGAGUUGAGUAUUUUUCCGAUUCUAUUAUGAAUUGAAUGGAAAUCAAUGGACAAAUAUUUGUCUGUCAGUAAGUUAUUACAAAUUAUUAAGAAUAUGUUUUAUGAAAAUAUAUCAAGUCUACCAAUAAAAACGCAAAAUUAAUGUACAAGCUCAAAUGUACCUAAUUGAUAGGUUUAUCAAGUUGUAUCAAUUAUUUCAUUUCAGUCAACCAAAAAUAAGGUUUUGUUGCAAAUAUUUGCCCUGGAGUCAUUUUUCUUAGUGCAAACUAGACUAAAAAUCUAUUUAAAUAAUAUCGAAACAACAAUUCAGUUAUUGUUCAAGAUAUCAUUUAAAUGAUUUACGCUAGACUUUGAAAAAUCUAGCUUUUGCUUUAAUCUUUGAGUGCAAGUUUUCACUCAUUUCAUUUUCAUACUAUCAUCGAUUUAAACACUUGGGUCGAAAUUCGACUUAAGCGCAAUAUUCUAAGGGAUGCCGUCUCUCUAGUUUGGUGGUUUUUCGUGUUUAAAGCUCGCGACCUCGCAGAAAAAACAUGCUAAGAUUGAUUAAAAAGCCGUUUAGCUAGAAAUUAAAUUUGAUACAUAAAAUAAUUAAGUCGGGUUAUGGUAAAAUAAUCACUAAUAAUAAUUUCCAGAUAAAUUAUGACAACUUAUUGUUUCAUUUUUUUUAAUAACACGAUUAAAAGGAUAUUCUGUUUAUUUUCUUACUCUUUUAUCACGCAAAGCUCCCAUUUCUGGCAUUACAACUACAGGUUGACAAAGAAAAUAUAUUUAUAUACACCUAUAUGUACAAGGCAGAUAUGAAUAUCUUGAAGCUGAAUCUUUGAUAACCGUAUUCAGAUGUAGUUGCAAAAUAAAAACAUCCUGCUCGGUAGAAUGGGUUUUAUCAAACAGUGUAGGCAAUUGGUAGAAUUGGAAUAAAAUCAACUCGUAAAAGCGUAGAAAUUAUAGUCUUGUCCAAAUGCAAUGAACUGGCUAAUUUAGCAAUAUGAUUUUUCGUUGAUAUUAUUCGUUGAAUCCUGUAAGAUGUCGACAGUGUCUUGUUAAUUAAUUAAUGUUAAUAUCGUGCGAUAAAUAAAUUAUUUAGUGACGAGUCGACGAAGUUAAGUUUGAAUUUUGUGAAAUAGGAAGUGUCUAUCUCUCGAAGACGGUAUAGUUAAGCAAGAUUAAGUGACUACGCUUGUAAAUAUGACUUUUCGCGAAGUGAAAAUAGACAAUAUAUCAUUGUUCGUAAUAUUAUUAUUAUUAUUACGAAUAAGAAUUCAAAUGAACGGAUACUGUAGAAUAUGACUUUGCUUCUCAUUGCGUUUUAUUAUCCGGGAAUUUGCAACUCAUUUUAAUGCAAAUCGUCCUGAGAACAAUCAAACCAUCCUACAAAUACCAUACGUCAUCACGUUCAAUAAUAUGUUUGUUUGAUUAUUAGGUCUACCGCUUUAAUGUGACGUCAAAGUUAUUUAAAUUUACGCGACGCAUCAUCAUUCAUUCAUUACUUUAUUAUAAAGGCUUCAUUACUCGCGGUAAUUUGUUAGAUCAGAAACAAGUGUCGCCUUUCCUUUUUUUCUACCGAUCGAUUAUCACGAGAGAGAAACAGUUUAAUGCAUAGUCAAAUAUACUUCGCGCGACAAUAAUAUGUGCGCGUUAUUUGAUCGGUCUGUUACGAUAGAAUUCGAACAUUCCGUUGAAAGCCGAGCCUCAGUAAUAGUACACGUUAUCGGUAAUGACGACGUUUACUCGCAUAUAAUAUAACUUGCGUCAUCGAUGAGACGUCAGGACGAGUAUUCCGAGAAUCGAGCAUGCCCGUCGAGGAUUUCGCCGCCGACGCGAAAUUCGAGACGCAUAUUGUGCCAGAUUACGGCCGGAGUCUAUCGCGACGAUCGUUGUGUACGAAAGAGAAAUGGUGUACCAAUAAAAUAAAGGAAAACUCGAAGGCG